AUGAGUUCCUCAUUGAAAACCAAUAAAUCAGUCAAGAUUGCUAAGAAGACAGAAGAAGAGGAUGUAGUCAAAUUUUACAAAAUGUUAUCGACUGUUAUUAUCAAAAAAGAUGGAAAAAAUAAAAAUGAACCUAUUGAAGCACCUGAAACCGAUUCUAUCAGCAAAGAAGAUAAGGAUAAAGACGAAUUGAUUGAAGCAGAUUUUAUAUAUACUACUGAUAAGAUUCGUCAACAUGAUCCUUAUUUUUUUAAAUAUUAUAUUAAUGAAAAUAACAAUCAAUUUGGAAUCAAAGAAUUGUUGCACGAAGCAGAGAAUGCUAUUAAGGUUUCAGAAAUUACGAAUGAUAAUGAUGCCAUUGCUUUAGUCAAUCAAGCUAUUAAAGUUGAAUAUGAUAUAAUUAGAACUUCUAUUACAAUUAAAGAAGCUUUGAAUUGUCUGAAGUUGCGUGAUCGAGCAAAUAUUACUCAAAAAAUUCAAGAGAUUGAUGAUUUUAAAUGCUUGAAUUAUAACGGAACUGAAUAUGCAAUUAAUUAUAAUGAUAACUCAAAUAAUUACAUUAAAUUGAAAAUUUUCAAUUUAAUUCAAAAUGUUGUUAAAUGGCUUAACUUUAAAAUACGUAAGACUCCUCAUUUUGAGGAAUCUGCUUUAGAAUCUAUUCGAACUGGAAUUGGAAUUCAAAUUUGUUUGAAAGAUUUUAGACUAUUAAAUGGAUUAGAAGACAAAAUCCGUGAAUUUAUUCAUCAAAGAAAUGAUGAUUAUCAUAUCAUUAUAUUCCAAUUCAGUAAUUUCUUAUUUUAUUAUUUGAAAAAUAUUUUUGAAUAUGCUAUUGGAGAACCAAUCAAAGAUGGAUACGAUGAAGAUUUUGAUCACGAAAAUCCUGAUAAAGCAACAAAUAUAAAAUGGAUUGGAUAUGCAACUCGGGAUAAAUAUCCUAAAAACAAAAAUCAUAGCAAGAAAAGACCAGUUCCAGUUAAAGAUGGAAUUUAUUCAAUGACCAAUAAUUAUGCAUUUAAAUUUGAAGAAGAUUAUAUUAAAGAUAUUCACGAAAAGACGGAUAAUCUCCCCGAAGAGAAUGUUGAUAUUCAAGAAGAGAACGUUGAUAUUCAAGGAAAGAAGUUUGAUAUUUACAAAAAGAGGAUUUUAUUAAUUACUGAUUCAAAUCAUACUUUUAAUAGUGAUUUUGAUGCCUUUAAAAUUAAUGUCUUGUUUUAUGAUUUCAAAAACCCUUUUGAUUUCUUUUUAAAUAAUGUUAUGGAAAAUUUACUUUAUACAGUGCGCGACACAUAA